CUGAUACCUACAAGUGAUCUCUGGCCUAUGUCGUGGAAUCGCUACUUGUCUCCUCUACCUCGCGAUUCUCCGUAGUUUGAGGCCUCCGCGGUACUCAAGCGGUCUCCGAAUCAAUUAUCUCAACAAUACGCCUCGGCCUCCGUGCAUUCCGUAUUGCGAUCCCAGCGCGACCGACUGAGGCCUUUGCACGCGUCAAGAGCUGCAUACAGCCUUGUCGCAGAUCUCUUCUUCUGUACUUUGCCCCGCAUCGACCUCGGUGUCUGGCACUCCAGGCACGUACAUCAGCAUUACCCGCGCAUCUACAUAAGCUCCACCUUCGCGAAUCAUGUCGACUGAAACACAUCCUUUCGCCUCGCCAAACGCCAUACCGCCCCGAACGAGCUCUUCAGGGCAGGUCGCGAACGGCCAACCUAUAUAUCCACGUCACAGCGUACUGCGCCCGCUCUCCGAGAUCGACUGGAUGAGCCAAAGCAAAAAGAGCAAGACGUCACACGCCUCUACAGGGCCUCUCAACGGCACACAACCACAUUCGAAUUCGCACACACAAUCGCACUCGGAACCCAUGAAUCUCGAAGAAGUCAGCACGAAUUAUCCAACCCCGCUCUCCCCGCCGAGCGACACAAAGAAUCUAGGCGAAGACCUCAUAUACGGCAACGGCGCGGCAUGGACAGAAGAGAAGGAGCGCAUUCUGCUAGGGCCAUACGACUACCUCUGGGGACAUCCAGGAAAAGAUAUCCGGUCGCAAUGUAUAGCAGCGUUUAACCUGUGGCUGCAGGUACCACCUGAGCGGCUCGAGAUCAUAACGAGAGUGGUGGGCAUGCUGCACACAGCGUCAUUGCUGGUCGAUGAUGUGGAAGACAACUCGAUGUUACGGAGAGGCAUCCCUGUUGCAAACAGCAUAUUCGGUGUUGCGCAGACGAUCAAUUCGGCGAAUUACGUGUACUUCAAGGCGCUGCAGGACUUGAUGCACAUGGGUAAUCCCAAGCUCAUCGAGAUCUUCACAGAGGAGCUCUUGAACCUGCACAGAGGGCAGGGCAUGGAUCUAUACUGGAGAGACAGCUUGACAUGUCCCAGCGAGGCAGAUUAUCUCGAGAUGGUAGGCAACAAGACUGGUGGACUCUUCAGACUAGCUAUCAAGCUCAUGCAGGCCGAGAGCGCGAUACAGGUCGACUGCGCACCCCUUGUCUCCACAAUCGGCCUCCUCUUCCAAAUUCUCGACGACCACCUCAACCUCUCCCCAACUUCUGGCUACUCGUCCCUCAAAGGGCUGUGCGAAGACCUCACAGAAGGCAAAUUUUCGUUUCCCGUCAUCCACGCGAUACGUGCCGACCCGAGCAACCAGAUCCUGAUCAAUAUUUUGAAGCAGAAAACGACGGAUGAGGAGGUCAAACGCUAUGCGCUAAAGUACAUGGAGAGUAAGGGAAGCUUUGAGUACUCGAAGGGUGUUAUUGAUGAGUUGAGAGGGAAGACGGAGGACCUCGUCAAGAGGAUUGAGCAGGGAUUGGGUGAGGGUGGAAAAGAGGGUGCUGAUGCGUUGAGGAUCAUGUUGGGUCGACUGGUGUUGCGAUGAAAACUUGCGCGAAUAUUGACGACGUGCGGGGGGGACAAUGUUGUAGCAUCUCAGUAUAUGCAUAGCGAAAUUUCUAAUAUUUACGAAGUUAUGUAUC